AUGGUUUUAGCAGAUUUAGGGCGUAAAAUAACCACUGCUUUGCAGUCGUUGAGCAGGGCUACUAUUAUAAAUGAAGAGGUAUUGAAUUCUAUGCUGAAGCAGAUAUGUGCUGCAUUAUUGGAAGCAGAUGUAAAUAUCCGCCUUGUUAAAAACUUAAGAGAAAAUGUUCGCGCUGUCAUUGAUUUUGAUGAAAUGGCUGGUGGACUUAAUAAGCGAAGGAUGAUUCAGUCUGCGGUUUUCAAAGAACUAGUCAAGCUUGUAGAUCCCGGGGUUAAACCAUACCAGCCUGUCAAAGGGAAGCCUAAUGUAAUAAUGUUUGUGGGAUUACAAGGAUCUGGAAAGACCACAACAUGUACAAAACUUGCAUAUCAUUACCUACGUAAGAAUUGGAAAUCAUGUUUGGUAUGUGCUGACACAUUCAGAGCUGGUGCUUAUGAUCAAGUCAAACAGAAUUGUACUAAAGCCAGAAUUCCGUUUUAUGGAAGCUACACAGAGGUGGAUCCAGUAGUAAUAGCAACAACUGGAGUGGAUAUGUUCAAGAAGCAAGGUUUUGAAAUGAUUAUUGUGGAUACUAGUGGUCGUCAUAAGCAGGAAGAGUCGCUUUUUGAAGAGAUGUUGGCAGUUGCUACAGCUAUUAAACCAGACAACAUAAUUUUUGUGAUGGAUGCAACAAUUGGUCAAGCUUGUGAAGCUCAAGCCAGGGCUUUCAAAGACAAAGUAGAUAUUGGUUCUGUUAUCAUUACAAAGUUAGAUGGACAUGCCAAGGGAGGAGGUGCACUUUCGGCUGUUGCAGCUACACAAAGUCCUAUCAUAUUUAUUGGUACUGGAGAACAUAUUGAUGACUUAGAGCCUUUCAAAACAAAACCGUUUAUAAAGAAACUCCUUGGCAUGGGAGACAUUGAAGGUCUCUUAGAUAAAGUUAAUGAACUCAAACUCGAUGACAAUGAUGAGCUACUAGAAAAACUUAAACAUGGACAGUUUACUCUCAGAGCGAUGUAUGAACAAUUUCAAAAUAUAAUGAAGAUGGGACCUUUCUCACAAAUAAUGGGAAUGAUUCCUGGAUUUUCACAAGAUCUUAUGUCAAAAGGAAGUGAACAAGAGUCAAUGGCCAAAUUAAAACUCCUUAUGACAAUUAUGGACUCUAUGAAUGAAGGUGAGCUGGAUAAUAGAGACGGCGCCAAGUUGUUUUCUAAACAACCGACACGUAUCACAAGAGUUGCACAGGGAGCAGGUGUCACAGAACGAGAUGUUAAAGACUUAAUUGCACAAUACACAAAAUUUGCGGCUGUCGUUAAAAAAAUGGGUGGAAUUAAAGGAUUGUUCAAAGGAGGAGAUAUGGCUAAAAAUGUUAAUCAAACACAAAUGGUUAAAUUAAACCAACAAAUGGCAAAGAUGAUGGAUCCUCGCCUCCUACAACAAAUGGGUGGUAUGUCAGGUUUACACAAUAUGAUGCGACAGUUACAACAGGGCUCAAGUGGAAUGGGUGGGUUAAUGGGUGGCAAAUGACAUUAAGGCAAUCGUAAGAACUGAUGUAAUCUUUUAGUGUUUUAAAUACCAAUAAAACUAUGACAAAUAAACUAUUGUUUAAUAAUA